CUGAGGCGGAUCGCUGACGUGGCAGACACGGGUUAUUCACCGUGUUUGUCUAACGCGGUGAAUACCCCGUGUCUGCCACGUCAGCAACUUCACCGCGUCCUAGAAAAACGGUGAAGCCUUCACCGUUUUAGUUAAAAACGGUGAGGGCAUCACCGUGUUAUAUUAAAACGGUGAGUACUUCACCGUUUUUAACAAAAGCGGUGAAGCCUUCACCGUUUUAGUUUAAAACGGUGAAGUACUCACCGUGUUUGUCAAACGCGGUGAUGACCUUCACCGUUUUAGACAAAAACGGUGAUGCUCAAACAUGUGUAGUUUUGGAAUUUUUUUUAUAACUAAUGUAUUUUGGAAAUUUUUUUUAAAAACUAGUGUACUUUGGGAUUUUUUCCCAUCGCCAUGUCAGCAACCAAAGAAAUAAAAAAUUUGAAAUUCAAUUUUCUUUCUUAUUUCCUUUACCUAAUUAAAAAAACCAGAAAAAAAAUCUGAGAUGGUGAGCUGGCACCGCCUGCUGGCUUUCCUUGUGGGAAUUGUCAUAGCUUCCAAAAUAAUGUGUAGAAGUCUCGAAUAUUCCCUCCGCUGGAGACUUCUCAUAAGCUGCUGUAGUAUGGAAUUGGGGAUCCUAAGAUCUGUGGCUGUAGAAGUUGAUGGACUUGAGCCUCUGCAACAUAGACACCUCCAAAGUUGCUGCUGUUGGUGUUGUUUAUCUUGUUGCUGGUGGUGGUGGUCGUCUUGAUGAUUGCUGGGCUUCCGGGAAGCUAAGCUGGAGGUGAUGGCAAUGGUGUCAUUCAUGAUGUUCAGGAAGAGGAAAAGGAGAGUGGGUGUGCACCAUCUGGUCAUGGAUGCCCAGAUCGAAGAAUGUACAGCGGAUGCUACCGUUUCUUCCAACAUUUCUCAGCUUCUGUUUUGGUUGGAUGUGAGAGAAAAAGGGGCAAAAAAUAGGAAUAGGAACAUAGUGAGAAAAGGGAAAGUGAAGAGUGAGGAUGGAGAGAGAGGGAGAUAUAGAGGAAAGGAAAUCAGUAGGUCGCUGUCCCAAUUGAUUCUGCCGGCUGCUGCCGCCGCCGUCGCGGAAGAGAAAGAAGAACGACGAGUUGCCAACAGAGAAAGGGAAAAGGAAUGGGCGAAAUCCCUAAUUUCUAGAUCCAAGAGGCUGCCCCCGAGCUACCUGUCGCUGCCAUCGGAGAGGAAAUCGAAGUCAAAAUCAUCGUCGACGUCGAUUCUAAACACCAGCUGCGUGUCGGUGGCGGUAGAGGAGUGCGAUUUUGCGGUGGGGCGGAAAGGAGGCGAUGGGUGGUUCAAAGAUUUUUUUCGUUUUUUAAAUUAGGUAAAGGAAAUAAGAAAGAAAAUCCAAUUCCGGAUUUUUUAUUUCACUCGUCCCCUUCAGGGUAAUAUGACAUGGCCACAAAGAAAUCAUUUUUGGUUGCAGCUUCCUUCUCAAGUUCGAUGAAAUUGGUUAGAACUUAGAAGAUCUUAGAAAGGAUAUUGGUAAACAUCCAAAACUACUGCAGAAGUUUAUAGUUCAUCUCAAGUUAGAAAUAAGAAGACAAUUUGGGUAAUCAAUACAUUAUAUAACAAUGGAGGGGGUGCUCUUAAGUAAUCUAUACUUAAUGGUUCAAUUUGGCCACCAUUCGAUUCUUUCGAACUUAAAAUGAUAUCGACAAAGAAAUUUAUUUAACGAUCAAUAACAAUAGGGAAGAAAUUUUAGAGGUACUGUUCACCCGUGGAAAUAACGUGAGACCAUUUUCCUUCUUAAAUCAAGCUAUUCACCAUUCAAGACAAUAAAAGAAACCCAAUUGAAGACUCAAAAUACGAAAAACAAACCACCCAAAGUAUGAAGCAGAGCUAUUCGUCCAGCUUCAGCUAAGUGUAUGGGUAGUUACCCCAUUGAUUAUCCAAUUCAAGGGGUCAUAUCAAAGAAUGAACUAACUAUCUCGGAAAACAACUAAAGCUUACUGUUGCACAAAUGACAGUGGCCAACUGGUCAACAAUAUGCUCACAUACAAUGUGUUUAAGUGAGAACUGAAUUGAAUUAAGCUGAGAUGAUAAUCCAUGAAGUUCCAAACUCGGUUUAGGGAUUUGGAUGCUAUUUCUUUACCUGCCAGAAACCACAAUGCUAACUUAAUAUAAGCAAUAAAUUCCAGUUGCAGAGAUCAUUUCAAUUCCAAAAACGUGCCAACUCAUAAAUAGUAGAAAUCGCAUUCCACUACAAUAAAAAGAUCCAUCCCAUCAAACAUAGAAAAUCCAGCCGAUUAAAAAGAACGAAAUGAAAACAAAAAAGGCUUUCAUAAAUUGGGCAUGGACACACUAGCUCAGAAUUAAGAACCUAAACGAAACAUUUAGUAAUCAGACCAAAUGUAUCUUCUGCACGAAGGAGUAAACUUUCAAAGGUUAUAACUAAAGGUAUACUUUCAAA